AUGGGAUUUGGUUACAAUGCUUCUAAUAACAAUUACAAGGUUGUUAGAAUUCAGUCCCCCGGCGGUAUCCAGAAGGACCGGAACAAAGGAUUGGUUCAAAUAUAUACUCUUGGUGGUGAAAGCAGUGGCUGGAGAAAUAUCGGAGAAAUUAGCUGUAUAUUGGAGUCUAACAGUAUCCUUUGGAAUGGAUCCAUUUAUUGGUUGGCAUGGGACAGCAACCAGUGGAAGAUUGCCGGAUUUGAUUUGGCAGACGAAGAGUUCCGAUAUCUCCCAACACCAACUUUAGGACAUAGUUUUUUUAGUUGGUCGCAACUUACACUAUUGGGUGGGUAUCUGAGCAUUUUUAAUAUUGAUGGAAUUUAUGAGCGCACGUACAUAUGGUCGUUUAAAAAGAAGCAGAAUGAUGAUCUCUCUGUCGAGGGAGGAGGGCUAUAA